GUGUAUAUUUUUGCAUGCAGAUAUCAAUGAAUGCGAGUUUAAUCCAUGCCAUGGAAAAGCCAUGUGCAUUAAUCUUCCAGGUUCUUUUAAUUGCUCUUGCCGCCCCGAUUACGUAGGCGACGGCACGAAAAACGGCACCGGUUGUAUUUAUCUGCCGCCCCCUUCGAAAACCGCCCUAUAUGCAGGUUUACCAGCAGGGCUGGGGUUAUUUCUAACACUGGCAAUGAGUUUCUGGCUGUACAAGACGGUGAAGAAGAGACGAGCGAAGCAGCAAAAACGGGAUUUCUUCAAACGAAACGGGGGUCUUGUUUUGCAUCAACAAAUGUCGGCUCGUGAUAAUACUAGUGUUCUUGAAAGAGGUGGGAUUUUCACAUCAAAGGAAUUGGAGAAGGCUACGGAUAGAUUCAACGAGAGUCGAAUACUUGGCAGAGGAGGCCAAGGUACGGUCUACAAAGGGAUGCUCUCGGACGGAAGAAUCGUUGCAGUGAAAAAGUCAAAGCAAGUAAACGAAGGUCGACUCGCAGAGUUCGUAAACGAGGUUGUCAUUUUAUCACAGAUAAAUCAUAGGAAUGUUGUCAGGUUACUAGGAUGUUGUUUAGAGACGGAAGUUCCGUUACUAGUCUACGAAUUCGUACCAAACGGAACCCUAUACCACCUCAUCCACGAAGACACCACCGGUUUCCCGUUUUCGUGGGACCUACGGUUGAGAAUCGCGGCGGAGAUAGCAAACGCACUUGCUUACCUACACUAUGCAACUUCCAUUCCCGUAUACCACAGAGAUAUGAAGUCCAGUAAUAUUUUACUAGACGAAAAAUACAGAGCGAAAUUGUCGGAUUUCGGAAUUUCAAGAUCGGUUGGAAUAGACGUGACUCAUUUGACCACAAAGGUCAAAGGGACUUUCGGGUAUUUAGACCCCGAGUACUUUCAAACGAGCAAAUUCACAGAAAAGAGCGACGUUUAUAGCUUUGGGGUUGUUCUUGUCGAGCUACUAACUGGUUUAAAACCGAUAUUAACAAGUGACGAGACGGAAGAAGAAAGGAGCUUAGUUACGCGUUUUCUCUUGACAAUGAAAGAGAAUCGGCUUAAGGAGAUUCUUGAUUCCAAGAUAAUAGAACAAGGUGUGAGUGAAGAGCAUACUGCGGUUGCUGAUGUGGCGAAGAGAUGUUUGAAUUUAAGCGGGAAGAAAAGGCCGAACAUACGAGAAGUGGCGGUCGAGUUGGAGAGAAUUAGAGCGUCGGGAAAUCCGUCUUUCGUCGAGUCUAACGUUGAAGACAUGAGCUGCACAGAAACAGAGUCAUUUGUGAUUUCAGGCACAGAAUUUUGGUUGUGGAGUUAACACCAAAUGCA